CUCGGUAGUGGCUCUCGGUGAGAUUUUUCAAAGCUGAUGAGAUGAUCUACGCGAGCUCCAAUUUGCUUACCCACUGCUUUGCUUAGAUCCGCUUUUAAUGCUUUUUUAAAUGAAGUGAACGGCGUGGAGAUGCUGUGGAGGAAUAUGCUGGUGCGCAAAGGGAGUCUCCAUCCUUCUCCCCACAGAGCAGAGUGGAAACUGGAUAUGUAGUCAGAGCUCCAGGGGUGUUUCCUGCAUAACGCAUCUUGGAAGUUAUGGUAUUCAUGUGAUUCUCUACUUUAACCCUCGGUAAAGCCUCAUAGAUGAUAUUUCUCUGCGCGACUUCAUGGAUUUGGUUCACUGAGGACCAUCUGAAGAACAGACAUGGCAGUGCCAAAUAUGGUGUUCUCUGACGUGGAAAGUUUUCUGGACUCGCAUCCCGAGUUAUUCGAGGACUACCUGAACAGAAAGGGGAAUUCUAGCAUGGUGGAGAAAUGGCUCAAAAAUCACCAGGCGAGCAAAAGUCCAGCGGCUGCAGCUCCAGCAGCCGAGCCCAGAGAGGAGAAGAGCAACGCGUGCAAAGACAGCUGGGCGAGCAAAUGUGAUGGUCUGCAAAGGAGAGCCUCGCAGAAGGAGCUGCGCAAAACUUUCGCCAAAUCAAAGGCCAUCAAUGUCAACAGGACAUACGACGAACAUGUUAAUUCCAGGGCCCAGGAGCCCCUGACGAGCAUGAGGAGGAGAGCUCUGCUGAGGAAAGCCAGCUCUCUACCCCCGACCACUGCGCACAUACUGAGCGCACUGCUGGAGUCCAGAGUCAACAUCCCCCAGUACCCGUCCACAGCUGUGGAUUUUAAAUAUUACCUCAAAGAACACAACGAAAGAGAGUUUUUCCUGGAGCUUGUAAAAGACAUAUCAAACGACUUGGAUCUAACGAGUCUCAGCUACAAAAUCCUCGUGUUUGUUUGUAUUAUGGUCGAUGCAGACCGGUGCUCCUUGUUUUUAGUGGAGGGAACGGGCAACAAGAAGACACUAGUGUCCAAAUUCUUUGACGUGCACGCAGGUACCACAGUUUUACCCUCAAUGAAUUCAGAUGAAGUUCAAGUGCCGUGGGGGAAAGGGAUCAUUGGAUAUGUGGCUGAACACGGAGAGACGGUGAACAUUCCUGACGCUUAUCAGGAUCGUCGGUUCAGUGAUGAAAUUGACAAGCUGACAGGGUACAAAACCAAGUCACUCCUGUGCAUGCCCAUUCGCAACAGUGAUGGAGAGAUCAUUGGAGUUGCUCAGGCCAUCAACAAGUCUUCAAGUGGGACACUCUUCACUGAAGAUGACGAAAAGGUACUGCAGAUGUACCUGCCUUUCUGUGGUAUUGCGAUCUCCAAUGCCCAGCUCUUCGCCGCCUCAAGGAAGGAGUAUGACAGGAGCCGGGCACUCUUGGAGGUAGUAAAUGACCUGUUUGAGGAGCAGACUGACCUGGAGAAGAUUGUCAGGAAGAUCAUGCACCGUGCCCAGACAUUGCUAAAGUGCGAGCGCUGCUCUGUUCAGUUGCUGGAGGACAUUGAGUCACCGGUGGUGAAGUUCACCAAGUCUUUUGAGCUACUGUCCCCUAAGUGUAGUGCAGACACUGAAAGCAGUUUCAAAGACAGCAUGGAGAAAUCGUCUUACUCAGACUGGCUCAUCAACAACAGUAUUGCAGAGCUGGUAGCAUCCACAGGACUGCCCGUGAACAUCAGCGACGCCUAUCAAGAUCCUCGCUUCGACGCUGAGGCAGACCAGUUCUCGGACUUCCACAUCCGCUCUGUGCUUUGUGUCCCUAUAUGGAACAGCAAUCACCAAAUCAUUGGUGUUGCCCAAGUGCUGAACAGGCUCGACGGGAAACCAUUUGACGAUGCAGACCAACGUCUCUUUGAGGCGUUUGUGAUCUUUUGUGGGCUUGGCAUCAACAACACCAUCAUGUACGACCAGGUGAAGAAGUCCUGGGCCAAGCAGUCUGUGGCUUUGGAUGUUCUGUCUUACCAUGCCACUUGCUCCAAGACUGAAGUUGACAAAUUCAAGGCUGCUAACAUUCCCCUGGUCUGCGAGCUGGGCAUCGAUAAGCUCUCCUUUGAUGACUUCUCUCUGGACGUCGACGCCAUGAUAACGGCCGCGCUGAGAAUGUUCAUGGAGUUGGGAAUGGUGCAGAAAUUUAAGAUCGACUAUGAGACACUGUGCAGAUGGCUGCUGACUGUCAGAAAAAACUACAGGAUGGUUCUCUAUCACAACUGGAGACAUGCCUUCAACGUCUGCCAGUGCAUGUUUGCAAUGCUAACGACGGCGGGCUUCCAGGAGACUCUGACAGAGGUGGAGAUCUUAGCGCUUAUUGUAGGUUGUGUGUGCCAUGACUUGGACCACAGGGGCACCAACAACGCUUUCCAGGCGAAGACGGGCUCAGCCCUCGCUCUGCUUUAUGGGACCUCUGCUACGCUGGAGCACCACCACUUCAACCAUGCUGUUAUGAUCCUGCAGAGCGAGGGUCACAAUAUCUUCUCCAACCUCUCGUCCACAGAGUACAGCGACCUCAUGCAGCUGCUGAAACAGUCCAUUCUGGCCACAGACCUCACACUUUACUUUGAGAACAGAAACAUGUUCUUUGAGCUGGUCAGCAAUGGCGAGUACAACUGGAAUGUGAAGGCUCACAGAGACAUGUGCAGAUCCAUGAUGAUGACAGCGUGUGAUCUCGGUGCGGUCACUAAACCCUGGGAAAUAUCACGCAAAGUGGCAGAGUUGGUGACGAGCGAGUUCUUCGAGCAGGGCGACAGAGAGAGAUCAGAGCUGAAGCUCACGCCCUCCGCCAUCUUCGACCGAAACAGAAAGGAUGAGUUGCCGGGGCUUCAGCUGGAGUGGAUUGAUGGAAUUUGUUCGCCGCUGUAUGAGACUCUGGUCAAGUUGAAUCCCAAACUUCAGCCGAUGCUUGACAUGAUCAAAGCGAACAGGGCCAAAUGGGAGGAACUGAACAAGAAGAGACAACGUGGCCAGAGUGUAUCUGCGCCGGCGAGCCCCUGCAGUGGUGACAGCACAGAAACAAGUGGCUGCUCUGUGGCCAAAACGGGCAGCACACCGUGCUGCAGCGGCAAUGCUGAUGGCAAACCAUCAAAACCAGUUAAAUAGCUUCCGAUUGCCAUCUCCAGGGCUGACCUCUUAAGCUUAUUUCCUCUUAAAAUGCAGCCUGCAACAGAAGGCAGUGCAGUGCAUGCAGAGGUUCUUGGGCUCUGCUCCCUCUUCGCUUUUGCUACUAGAGAUGAGCUUUAGACUUGAGUGCGGCGCUAUCAUAGAAGUUUUUCUGCUCCCUUCAGUCUUCCUGCGCUGAAGGCUGACAGAGCUGUGUUUGGCAAGCUUGUCGGAGCAGCUACAAAUCAGCUGAUGACACCAUGUCAGAAGGGGAAACUCAAACCAUUGUGUCAACAUGUCAACCAGUGAGCUAACACUAACUAUUCUGGGCAUUGCACAGAUUUCUUUUUUUUUUUUUUUGGCACAAAAAAGGCAUGGAGAAUAACGGAGAGGAAUGCUUGUCUCUGCUGUGGUUCGUUUUGCUCUUGGGUACCUCUCUCUCUCUCGUUGCUCACAUUUUGUCCAGGGGCAACAGACAUAAUAUUUUUUUGUAAAUUUGUACAUAUGCUAUUGGGUUAUUUACAAGUGCUGUUUAAAAAUCCUGUAAGCUCUGGAUUGUAAUGUGGCUGUAGAGUUUCCUAAAAGGAUGAAGGGGUGCAGGAACAGCAGGACCUGUGACGGCGCUUGCAUUGCAAAUUGAGUGCUGUGCUCCCUCCCUUCCUGUGCCUUGUUUUAGGAUCCUAAUGAAAAAUGCAUGGCCCUCCUCACCGAGAUUCUUAGAUAGUAUGGAAAUCCAUGUUGAACUAUGACUAUUAUUUUUUCGCCAUAAUUUGUAAAACCGGUGACUGCAGGUAUGUCUUGACCCCAUGUUAGCCACAAAGCAUCAACAUUAUAUAUACAUACAAAAAUCUAUUUUGCCCAAUUUUAUAAACGCAGGGUCUCACUUGUCACACACACAAACACACACACAAUGUGCCUUGAUGAAGUAGUUCUAUUAUCACAUUAAUUUCUGCAGAAAAAAACGGACACACUGCUAGCCGAAACAUAAAGUUUGUUCAAUAUAAACUCCUCACUGAUCGACAUUUAAAAGAUGUACGCAUACUUGCUUUUUGGCAGAAAGUUGGAGGACGCCACUCAUAUCUUUUUUUUAAAUAAAGCUACAGCUGAACGCUUCUUAUCUUAGCUUAACACAAAGAAUAUAAAGAGAGAAAUCCACCAUCGUGUCUCAUAGGUAAUAAAGCUCAUUAACUAAAACAUAUUUUCUUUGUUUAAUUUGAAGAAAAAAAACAAAGGGUAGUGUUUUUAUGAGGGGUUAUGUGUUAGACCACUAAUUUCCUGCAGUCUUGGUUAGAGCCAAGAAAUCAUCUGACACAUGUACACCUUGUAAAAAAAAAUGUAUAUAACAUGUUAAUUUGUGAACUUUAAAGGUGCUGGGAGGUGGAUUUUGUUACCUCUGGACAGAGCCAGGCUAGCUGUUCCCCUCUGUUCCCAGUAUUUAUGCUAAGCUAAGCUAAGCAGCUGCCGGAUGCAGUUUUUAUUUGAAGCCAGAAAAGCGAACACGUCUUUUGUUCUUAAUCUGAUUUUUGACCUUUUUCUCAAGGCUCACAAAUGCUACUGAAAGAGCUGUUAUAACCUCCAAAAGAAGACUGAGACACUGAAACUUGUAGUACUGAAGUGCCCAUGUAGUCACAAGCUAUUAUUUUGAUUACUAUGAUUAUUAUUAUUAGUAGUAUUAUUAUUAUUUGGGUGGGGUAUGCCUUAUGAAUUGUGUUGUAGCUUUGUUAAUUGGAGUUGAAAACGUGACUGUGCACAUUGUGUGGCAUGGAUCUGUGUGCUCUACUGUAUCUUAGUUGAAGAGCUGAAUUGAAGUCGACCAGUAAAAUUUUUUUGAAUUGCAUGUUUUAUGCAGUAUUAAAUUCAACCACUUGCUAAGGAUGUAGCAAACAUGUGAGCCAACAAAUACCUCAUAUUUUGAACGUCAUCAGUAAACACAUUAUCUCAUCGGAAAUGCAUGAUUUAAAUUCUACUGCAUCAUGUUACGUGAAUUAUGAAUAUCGCUGUUCUAUUUUUCUAUUAGGUCUCCAAAACGUGGCCAACUUCUACUCGUCUUUUUUGCAAUGUAACGUGCUUCUUGUAUUUCUUCUUUCCUCUCUCCCAGUUUGGACUCUUUGGAUUUAUUUACGGCGGGCUAAACUGAAAGAAACCUUAAGGCAUGAAAAGGCAAAUGUGCAAUGUUUCUGUUCAGAGUUUAAAUAAAAACAUGCUGCUAUAGGUCUUCUGGAU